GGCCUGGAGUCCCGGGAGCGGCGCGCGCGGCCCCGGCCCCGCGCUGUCCCGGCGGGCGCUGCACAUUCUCUCCUGGCGGCGGCGCCACCUGCAGUCGCGUUCGCUGGAACAUGGCGACACGGAGCAGCAGGAGGGAGUCGCGACUCCCUUUCCUAAUCACCCUGGUCGCGCUGCUGCCUCUCGGGGCUCUUGGCGAGGGCUGGCCCCAGAGGCUGCACGGCGGCCGCGCGCCCUUGCCCCAGGACCGCGGCUUCUACGUGGUGCAGGGCGCCUCGCGCGAGCUGCGGCUGGGGACGCUCCGGGAUGCCAGGGGGGCGAGCCCGGCGGCCCGGGAGCCGCUCCGGACGCGGAGGAGCGCUGCCCUGCAGCCCCAGCCCAUCCAGGUGUACGGACAGGUUAGUCUGAAUGACUCCCACAAUCAGAUGGUGGUGCACUGGGCUGGAGAGAAAAGCAACGUGAUCGUGGCCUUAGCCCGAGACAGCCUGGCGUUGGCACGACCCAAGAGCAGUGAUGUGUACGUGUCUUAUGAUUAUGGAAAAUCAUUCAAUAAGAUUUCAGAGAAGCUGAACUUUGGUGUGGGGAAUACCAGUGAAGCCGUGAUUGCCCAAUUCUACCACAGCCCUGCGGACAACAAGCGGUACAUCUUUGCAGAUGCUUAUGCCCAGUACCUCUGGAUCACGUUUGACUUCUGCAGCAAUAUCCAUGGCUUCUCCAUCCCAUUCCGGGCAGGUGACCUCCUCCUCCACAGCAAGGCCUCCAACCUCCUCUUGGGCUUCGAUAGGUCUCACCCUAACAAACAGCUAUGGAAGUCUGAUGAUUUUGGCCAGACCUGGAUCAUGAUUCAGGAACAUGUGAAGUCCUUCUCUUGGGGAAUUGACCCUUAUGACCAGCCAAACACCAUCUAUAUUGAGCGGCACGAACCCUCUGGCUUUUCCACGGUGAUCCGCAGUACAGAUUUCUUCCAGUCCCGGGAAAACCAGGAAGUGAUCCUGGAGGAAGUGAGGGACUUUCAGCUUCGGGACAAAUACAUGUUUGCUACAAAGGUGGUGCAUCUCUUGGGGAGUCAGCAGCAGUCCUCUGUCCAGCUCUGGGUCUCCUUUGGUCGGAAACCUAUGAGAGCAGCUCAGUUUGUCACAAGACAUCCUAUUAACGAAUAUUACAUCGCAGAUGCCUCAGAGGAUCAGGUGUUCGUGUGUGUCAGCCAUAGCAACAACCGCACUAACUUAUACAUCUCAGAGGCAGAGGGGUUAAAAUUCUCCCUGUCCUUGGAGAACAUCCUGUAUUACAGCCCAGGAGGAGCCGGCAGUGACACCCUGGUGAGGUAUUUUGCAAAUGAGCCAUUUGUUGACUUCCACCGUGUGGAAGGGUUACAAGGGGUCUACAUUGCUACUCUGAUUAAUGGUUCUAUGACUGAAGAGAACAUGAGGUCGGUCAUCACCUUUGACAAAGGGGGAACUUGGGAAUUUCUUCAGGCCCCAGCCUUCACAGGAUAUGGAGAGAAAAUCAAUUGUGAGCUUUCCCAGGGCUGUUCCCUCCACCUGGCCCAGCGCCUCAGUCAGCUGCUCAACCUCCAACUCCGGAGGAUGCCCAUCCUGUCCAAGGAGUCAGCUCCCGGUCUCAUCAUUGCCAUUGGCUCAGUGGGAAAGAACUUGGCCAGCAAGACCAAUGUGUACAUCUCAAGCAGUGCUGGGGCCCGGUGGCGAGAGGCCCUUCCUGGACCUCAUUACUACACAUGGGGCGACCACGGAGGCAUCAUCAUGGCCAUUGCCCAGGGCAUGGAGACCAAUGAGCUGAAGUACAGCACCAAUGAAGGGGAGACCUGGAAGACGUUUGUCUUCUCUGAGAAGCCUGUGUUCGUGUAUGGGCUCCUCACAGAACCUGGAGAGAAGAGCACUGUCUUUACCAUCUUUGGCUCCAAUAAGGAGAAUGUGCACAGUUGGCUCAUCCUGCAAGUCAAUGCCACCGAUGCCUUGGGGGUUCCCUGCACAGAAAAUGACUACAAGCUGUGGUCUCCAUCUGAUGAGCGGGGGAAUGAGUGUUUGCUGGGACACAAGACGGUUUUCAAACGAAGGACCCCCCAUGCAACAUGCUUUAAUGGAGAAGACUUUGACAGGCCGGUGGUCGUGUCCAACUGCUCCUGCACCCGGGAGGACUAUGAAUGUGACUUUGGCUUCAAGAUGAGUGAAGAUCUAUCCUUAGAGGUUUGUGUUCCAGACCCUGAGUUUUCUGGGAAGCCCUAUGGCCCUCCUGUGCCUUGUCCUGUGGGCUCUACGUAUAGAAGAACAAGAGGCUACCGGAAGAUUUCUGGAGACACUUGCAGUGGAGGAGAUGUCGAAGCACGGCUGGAAGGGGAACUCGUCCCCUGUCCCCUGGCAGAAGAGAAUGAGUUCAUCCUGUACGCCAUUCGGAAGUCCAUCUACCGCUAUGACCUCACCUCGGGAGCCACAGAACAGCUGCCACUCACGGGACUGCGGGCAGCUGUAGCCCUGGACUUUGACUAUGAGCGUAACUGCCUGUAUUGGUCUGACUUGGCUCUGGACACCAUCCAGCGCCUCUGUUUGAAUGGGAGCACAGGACAAGAGGUGAUCAUCAAUUCCGGCUUGGAGACAGUGGAGGCUUUGGCCUUUGAACCCCUCAGCCAAUUACUGUACUGGGUGGAUGCUGGCUUUAAAAAGAUUGAGGUAGCUAAUCCAGAUGGUGAUUUCCGACUCACAAUCGUCAAUUCCUCUGUACUAGACCGGCCAAGGGCUCUGGUCCUUGUACCCCAAGAAGGAGUGAUGUUUUGGACUGACUGGGGAGACUUGAAGCCUGGGAUUUAUCGGAGCAAUAUGGAUGGAUCUGCUGCCUAUUGCCUUGUAUCAGAGGAUGUCAAGUGGCCCAACGGCAUCUCUGUGGACAGUCAGUGGAUCUACUGGACAGAUGCCUACCUAGACUGUAUUGAGCGCAUCACUUUCAGUGGCCAGCAACGCUCAGUUAUCCUGGACAACCUCCCGCAUCCCUACGCCAUUGCUGUCUUUAAGAAUGAAAUCUACUGGGAUGACUGGUCACAGCUCAGCAUCUUCCGAGCUUCUAAAUACAGCGGGUCUCAGAUGGAGAUUCUAGCAAGCCAGCUCACGGGCCUGAUGGACAUGAAGAUUUUCUACAAGGGAAAGAACACUGGAAGCAAUGCCUGUGUAUCUCAGCCCUGCAGCCUGCUGUGCCUCCCUAAGGCCAACAACAGCAAAAGCUGCAGGUGUCCGGAAGGUGUGACCAGCAGUGUCCUCCCCUCUGGGGACCUGAUGUGUGACUGUCCUCAGGGCUAUCAACGGAAGAACAGCACCUGUGUCAAAGAAGAGAACACCUGUCUUCGCAACCAGUACCGCUGUAGCAACGGGAACUGUAUCAACAGCAUUUGGUGGUGUGAUUUCGACAAUGACUGUGGUGACAUGAGUGACGAGAGAAACUGCCCCACCACCGUCUGUGACGCAGACACUCAGUUCCGAUGCCAGGAGUCAGGGACUUGUAUCCCACUCUCCUACAAGUGCGACCUUGAGGAUGACUGUGGAGACAACAGUGAUGAGAGUCAUUGUGAGAUGCACCAGUGUCGCAGCGAUGAAUUCAAUUGUAGCUCGGGGAUGUGUAUCCGUUCCUCCUGGGUGUGCGAUGGGGACAAUGACUGCAGGGACUGGUCUGACGAAGCCAACUGUACUGCCAUUUAUCACACCUGUGAGGCCUCCAACUUCCAGUGCCGCAAUGGGCACUGCAUACCCCAGCGGUGGGCCUGUGAUGGUGAUGCAGAUUGCCAGGAUGGUUCUGAUGAGGAUCCAGUCACCUGUGAGAAAAAGUGCAAUGGAUUCCACUGCCCAAAUGGCACUUGCAUCCCAUCCAGCAAGCAUUGUGAUGGUUUACAUGACUGCUCAGACGGCUCAGACGAACAGCACUGUGAGCCCUUCUGCACACGCUUUAUGGACUUUGUGUGUAAGAACCGCCAGCAAUGUCUGUUCCACUCCAUGGUGUGUGAUGGGAUUGUCCAGUGCCGAGAUGGCUCAGAUGAGGAUGCUGCCUUCGCGGGAUGCUCUCAAGACCCUGAGUUCCACAAGGAGUGUGAUGCGUUUGGCUUCCGGUGUCAGAAUGGAGUGUGCAUCAGUUUGAUUUGGAAAUGCGACGGGAUGGAUGAUUGUGGUGAUUACUCUGAUGAAGCCAACUGUGAAAACCCCACAGAAAUCCCAAACUGCUCCCGCUACUUCCAGUUCCGGUGUGAGAAUGGUCACUGCAUCCCCAACAGGUGGAAGUGUGACAGAGAGAACGACUGUGGGGACUGGUCUGAUGAGAGGGACUGUGGAGAUUCACAUGUUCUUCCUUCCCCCACUGCCGGCCCCUCCACAUGCCUGCCCAAUUACUUCCGCUGCAGCAGUGGGGCCUGUAUAAUGGACACCUGGGUGUGUGACGGCUACCGGGACUGUGCAGAUGGCUCUGAUGAGGAAGCCUGCCCCUCUUUUGCAAACACCACUGCUGCCUCCACCCCUACCCAGCUUGGGCGUUGUGACCGGUUUGAGUUCGAGUGCCACCAACCCAAGAAGUGUAUCCCCAACUGGAAGCGCUGUGAUGGCCAUCAGGAUUGCCAGGAUGGCCAGGAUGAGGCCAAUUGCCCCACUCACAGCACCUUGACCUGUAUGAGCAGGGAGUUCAAGUGUGAGGAUGGUGAGGCCUGCAUUGUGCUCUCAGAGCGCUGUGAUGGCUUCCUGGACUGCUCAGAUGAGAGCGACGAGAAGGCUUGCAGCGAUGAGUUAACUGUGUACAAAGUCCAGAAUCUGCAGUGGACAGCUGACUUCUCUGGGGAUGUAACUUUGACCUGGAUGCGGCCCAAAAAAAUGCCUUCUGCUUCGUGUGUAUACAAUGUCUACUAUAGGGUGGUUGGAGAGAGCAUAUGGAAGACUCUGGAGACCCACAGCAAUAAAACCAACACUGUACUAAAAGUCUUGAAACCAGAUACCACGUAUCAGGUUAAAGUCCAGGUUCAGUGUCUCAGCAAAGUGCAUAACACCAAUGAUUUUCUGACCCUGAGGACUCCAGAAGGGUUGCCAGAUGCCCCCGGCAACCUCCAACUUGCACUCCACAGUGAAGAGGAAGGUGUGAUCAUUGGCCACUGGACUCCUCCCCUCCACACCCAUGGUCUCAUUCGUGAGUACGUUGUGGAAUACAGCAGGAGUGGUUCCAAGAUGUGGGCCUCCCAGAGAGCUCCUACCAAUUCUACAGAAAUAAAGAACUUACUGGUCAAUGUUCCGUACAGUGUCAGAGUGGCUGCAGUGACUAGCCGCGGAAUAGGAAACUGGAGCGAUUCUAAGUCGAUCACCACCAUAAAAGGAAAAGUGAUCCGACCACCAGAUAUCCACAUUGACAGUUACGAUGAAAAUUCUCUGAGCUUUACCCUGACCAUGGACAGUGAUGUCAAGGUCAAUGGCUAUGUGGUGAACCUUUUCUGGGCAUUUGACAGCCACAAACAAGAAAAGAAAACCUUAAACUUCCGAGGGAGCUCGCUGUCACACAAAGUUGGCAAUCUGACAGCUCACACAUCCUAUGAGAUUUCUGCCUGGGCCAAGACAGACCUGGGGGAUAGUCCGAUGGCAUUUGAGCAUGUCCUGACCAGAGGUGUUCGCCCACCUGCUCCUAGUCUCAAAGCCAAGGCCAUCAACCAGACUGCUGUGGAGUGCACCUGGACUGGCCCCAAGAAUGUGGUUUAUGGCAUUUUCUAUGCCACCUCCUUCCUUGACCUCUACCGAAACCCCAAGAGCUUGACUACUUCACUGCACAAUAAGACAGUCAUUGUCAGCAAAGAUGAACAGUACUUGUUUCUGGUGCGGGUGUUGAUACCUUACCAAGGACCAUCUUCUGACUACGUUGUAGUGAAGAUGAUCCCAGACAGCAGGCUUCCACCCCGUCACCUGCAUGCAGUCCAGAUAGGCAAAACCUCAGCUGUCAUCAAGUGGGAAUCUCCAUACGACUCUCCUGACCAGGACUUGUUCUAUGCAAUCACAGUUAAAGACCUGAUAAGAAAGACUGACAGGAGCUACAAAGUAAAAUCCCGAAACAGCACUGUGGAGUACACCCUUAACAGGUUGGAGCCUGGUGGAAAAUACCAUGUCGUUGUCCAACUGGGGAACAUGAGCAAAGAUUGCAGCAUAAAAAUUACCACAGCUUCAUUAUCAGCACCUGAUGCCUUAAAAAUCAUAACAGAAAAUGACCAUGUUCUUCUGUUUUGGAAAAGUCUAGCUUUAAAGGAAAAGCAGUUUAAUGAAACCAGGGGCUAUGAGAUACAUAUGUUUGACAGUGCUAUGAAUCUCACCGCUUACCUUGGGAAUACUACUGACAAUUUCUUUAAAGUGUCCAACUUGAAGAUGGGUCAUAAUUAUACCUUCACUGUCCAAGCACGAUGCCUCUUUGGCAGCCAGAUCUGUGGGGAGCCUGCAGUGCUUUUGUAUGACGAGCUGAGCUCAGGUGGAGAUGCAGCAGCGGUCCAGGCUGCCAGGUCUACUGAUGUUGCUGCUGUGGUGGUUCCUGUCUUGUUCCUGAUCCUGCUGAGCCUGGGUGUGGGGUUUGCUGUCCUGUACACAAAGCAUCGCAGGCUGCAGAGCAGCUUCACUGCUUUUGCCAACAGCCACUACAGCUCCAGGCUGGGCUCAGCCAUCUUCUCCUCUGGAGAUGACCUGGGGGAAGAUGAUGAAGAUGCUCCUAUGAUAACUGGAUUCUCAGACGAUGUCCCCAUGGUGAUAGCGUGAAAGAGCUUUCCUCAUUAGAAACCAAAUGGUGUAAAUAUUUUAUUUGAUAAAGAUAGUUGAUGGUUUAUUUUAAAAGAUGCACUUUGAGUUGCAAUAUGUUAUUUUUAUAUGGGUCAAAACCACAAAAACAAAUUUAAAAAAAAAAAAAGGAAAGAAAGGAAUGAAUAAACUUUGUAGUAUCAACUGUGAACUUGAAGCCAGGUUGAUUUUAGUAACCAUGUUGCUUUGACCUGACAUUGAUAUCGUCUUACAGGGCUGUGCUUGCUGGGCAUGCUUUUAAGUCUGUGAGAUCAUUUUGGUUCAUUAAAUUGCAUUCUUUUAUUUUUCUAAGAUACAGAAAUGUAUUUAAUAAAAACUUCGAGAGUGAUGGGUGGAAUCCAUUCUCCUUAAAUACUGUUCAGAUUUUACAUUUUGUUUGGGUUUAGUUUAUAUGAAAGUGUUUGGGUAUCAUAUGGGGGAAGGGAAAGUUCUUUUCUAUUGUUUUGUUAAUUUAUUGGGACUUUGUAUAAGGCUGGCCUUGAUUGGCCAUCUGAAACUGCAUGUGUUAAGAUGCCCUUGCCCAUCAGGCUGGGAGAUGGGGAGCAGAAGCAAUCCACUGUCACUCACUUAAGUGUCACAGAAGGGUCUUUCAAGAGAGCACAGGGGCAGUGUGAGAAUCUAGUUCAACAGAACUGCACCUGGGAAGCCCUGCAAGCUGUGGUCCCCCUCUUCUAGGACUCAGUGGGUUUUUACUGUACAAGGUGUAGCUCUGGAAGCUACCAAGUGAUAACACUGCUUUCUUACACACUGGGAUCAUUGCUAUUGUUUAAAAAAAUAAUGUGGUUGUGAGAGAAAGUUCUAGAUCUGUGCCAUGAUAAUUAUACAUUGGCAAAAAAUAAUAUGCCAUGUCUUCAUUUUAUUUUCACUUUUUGUUUUUGUUCUUACCACCAAAGACUCUCAAAUGUAAAGUUUUAUACUGUGGUUGAGUCACUGAAUUGCCCUCAAAGUUCAUACUGACAUAUGCAGUCAUUCUGAAUUCGGUCAGUGCCUUCUUUAGGUUUCCUUCCUUUUCUUCCACCUCCCUCAAUGUGUCCCUGCCCAGCUACAGAGAGACUGUUGUAUACAUUUGUAGAGAUGGAGGUGAUCUAAGUAUGUGACUGCUCUAUCUAGUCCACAGGGGACCAACACCAAACUUGUUCCUUUGCUUUCUCUCUGAAACACCUUCUGCCAUCUAAAUGUAAUCUCUGAUUGAAAGGUACUUGGUCUCAGCAUGGCUUCGCACCCCACCCUUCAGACUUAGUGUUGUAGGCACCAAUGUCUAGCAUAUUGUGACUUGUACUGUAUGAAGAACUUCACUGAGAAUCCCACCCCCCUGCCCCCCACCCCAGUGGAGAAGCAGCAAGCUCUGGGGAUAUUUCAAAGUCAUGCCUCUGAAUAUAUAUGCAAGCUUUGUAAGCCUGUCUUCCCCUUAUAUGCAAUGCAAGAGUUUGGUUUUCUUUAAUCAAAAGUAUCAUUCUUGGGUGGUAAUGUAGUCUCAUCAUACCUAAGCAUUGUUUGGAAAGCAAAGUGAGAGCCCGUUAGCUUUUUAGUUUAUCUAUAUCCUAGAUGGGAGUACUUUGGCCUGGAUAUUCAGUGUGCUGUGCUGGAGUUCCUGGCAUCAGUGGUGGGAAUGGUAACUCUUUUUUGCAACUUACUUUUGUCCUCUUUCCUCUCACUCUCCUUUUCACUUUUUUUUCCAGACUGGAAUCUCUUUGGCUUUAUCUUGUCUUGCUUUGUUCAGAACUCCUACAGCCCUACCACCUCCACUUUCAUGGACUCUUUUAAGUAGCCAAAAGAUUAAUAGUCUGGUGGGAGGCAAGCCAUCUAAUCGAACCACUAUGAAAGUACAUUUUCUUUUUUUCCUGCUAAUUUUUUUGGUGGCAGUUGUAGAGGCGCUAAGACAUUAUUUUCCAUUAUUCCAUAGGAAAGCCUUUUUACAGAGCCUAUGGCUCCAGUUGGCAACCUGAGCUGUUGCUGAGCAUCCAGGCCCAUCUCCAGGGUCCCCUGAUGCUGAACCAUAGUACUGUACAGAUCCACUGCCACCCUUCUCCUCAGAAGAUGCACUGUGCUGCUUGAAAACAUGCAGCCUUUUAGGGCUAGAGUAUUUUAUAUAAAUAGAAGAGCUGAGGUCCUGAAGACUAAGCCAGAUAGAUGCAGCUAUGUGUAAAUUGUAUAUUUUUGUGAACUUUUGAAGCACGCACUCCUGGUUCCCUCUGCUUAGCCUUGUGGAUGUUUUGAUGUAUCUGUGCUUGUCUGAAAGAGUCCAGAGGUUGGAGUGACAAUAGGAAAUGAAAACCAAGCUAUGUGCAGCCUUCAGAGGUGACAGGAUAACUCUUUACUGUGACCACUUGGACCCCUGAAUGCUUGUUGAGAAAGGGAUCUUAUACCUCAUUAGAGAUGCCACGUGGAGAGUUCCUAUUGCACAGGGAAUGGGAUAUGCAGAAAUACUAGGUACUUAAGUCCCUGUAGACUAUGCGGAAACUGAAUUUUCUCCUUUCUGUACUGAAUAACCCUUGAGCUCCAUGGGACACAGGUCCAUGUGGAUGCAGUGACAGAGUGGAGUUCCUCCGAGGACUCCAGGGAGAGGCCAUAUCUGAGCCAACCUAUUUACAGACAGGUGAGAUGCCCCAUCAUUGCUCAGUGUCUGGCAAGCUGCUGAGGAACUUUGGGUGGAGUGGUUCCUCAGGCUUCACCUCUGAUUAUAUCACUAGGUGUGUUUGUGAGCCUGUAAGGGACACGCACUUGAAAGCUCUCUCAUGUACAGAGGACCUGCUAGAUUAAACCGUACUCUCCGGUUUAGGAAAUAUGCCCUUCUGAAGGCACUAGAUAUUGGAGGGGAGCUAGGGAGAGAAAUGGUAUAUCGACCCCUUAAUAGAUAAGCACCCUUGUCUCCUUGAUGCAUCCUGUCAUCAGAUGCCAUUCAAUGGUCAGCACAUCUAGUAAGACUGUAUACCCAUGGCCCAAAUCCCAUCCCAUCAGAUUGGUUGUUCCCUGUCCUGUGAAGGGGGCUAUGGUGAGUUCCUGAGAAUUCUCUUCCUUCAGCAGAGAGAUGGGGAGGUUGGUCCUCACGGAAGAGAUCCAGACAUACAACUAAAUUGACUACUAUCCCCAUUGUGACUUAAGGAAUCGACUCUUAAAACUCUGUGCAAAGCCUUCACUUGUGUUGGAAUUGUAUCUUGACAUUCCUAUGAUGUUAUUUUCUUAGCUGGAGUGUGUGCUGCCUUUCAGGUACAAUUUUUGUGUAAUAAAAGCCAGAGCAUUAAGUUUAUAUAGACUACUUUCUAUGCAAGACUGAGAUGUGGAAGAGAUAGCAAUGAUAAACGCUGUUGGGUACUUGGACAAGAAGUGCAUACUCAGAUGGAAUACCACCACUGAACGUGGUUGAGGGAGGAUCAGUUGCAUAUAUGUUUCUGCCCACUCAUUUCGAGCAGCCAUAUUAUGAAUUAAAUCAUCAGAGCCAGUGAUGACCUAAGACUGGUAUUAAUUUCAUGUGUAAUAGCACCAAUGGACUGAGCAUAAAUGCCGAAGUGGAAUAUUGCCCUCAGAUACUCCAUAUCACUUCUCACUUAAAGACUCUUGUUAAGACUUAUUAGAGACUUUAGGCAAAGUCAGAAGUAUUUGCAGCAAAAUAAAGGCCUGUUCUGCUCUUCUUUAAAGUGAAACACUGUGUACUUGUUUCUCUCCAAAGUAAGAUUAGGUAUUUAUAAUUUCAAUCGCUUUGGUAGGUUUCCAAGUCACUGAUUUCUGCUGAAGAUUUUACUAUAUUGUUGCACAAUGUUAAGAUAAUUUUUUGUCUUGAUGUCAACUUUUUUCACUGAAUAAAAAUUUAACUGAGUCAAAAAACACCACCUAUUUGAAUAUGUACUGUGUGUGUGUUACGUUGUUCUUUCGAGUGCAAUAAAGAUGGCUAACGCAGUCUCCGAA